AUGUCUUCCAUGGUAGCAAGCAUCACUGCAAACAAAAGCUCGAUGGAGUAUACACGGCUUGGACAGUCCGGGCUUAAGAUCUCCAAAGUCAUCCUAGGUGCCAUGUCCUUCGGCGAAGGAGGCACAGGAGGCGACACUUGGACACUGCCUGAGGAACAGGCACUUCCUGUCCUUAAGCAUGCCUAUGACAAAGGUCUCAACACAUGGGACACGGCAGAUGUCUAUUCCCUAGGCAACUCGGAGCGGGUGAUUGGCGCUGCGCUUCGCAAGUACAAGAUCCCUCGGGAGAGAGUCGUCAUUCUGUCCAAGUGCUUUGGCGGUUGCCCGCGACCGGAAGAAAUGGAAGGACUCUCUGACAUGGAAAAGCUGGCCCGCAUGGCUAACAAUGACGGUAUCAUGGUGAACAGAGUCGGCCUUUCUCGCAAGCACAUCUUUGAAGCUGUGGACGCGAGUGUCGAAAGACUCGGGACCUAUAUCGAUGUGCUGCAAAUUCAUCGACUUGACCGCGACGCUCCCAGAGAAGAGAUCAUGAAGGCACUGAACGACGUGGUGGACAGCGGAAAAGCCCGAUACAUUGGAGCGAGCUCGAUGUACGCGUGGGAAUUCCAGGCUCUCAAUAACAUCGCCGAGAGAAACGGGUGGCACAAGAUGAUCAGCAUGCAGGACUACUACUCGCUUCUUCAUCGUGAGGAGGAACGUGAAAUGCACCCCUACUGUCGAGAUGCCGGGAUCGGAAUUAUUCCCUGGUCGCCUCUAGCCCGUGGCCUCCUUGCUCGGCCAUACAAAGUCUCCAUGGAGCAACCGACCACGCGCCAGAAGGAGGACGCGUUGACUGCGAUGAUGAUCGGACCUAUCACAAAUGAGGACAUUGCUAUCAUUGGCCGAGUGGAAGAGUUGGCCAAGGCGAAGGGCGUCAGCAUGGCACAGAUUGGAAUCGCGUGGUGUUUGAAGAAAGGGUUUUAUCCAGUUUUGGGCCUUUCAAGUAUUGAGAGAGUGGAUGAGGCUGUCAGCGCUGUCAUGGGACUCAAAGACGGGUUGUUGACUGAUGAUGACGUUAAAUAUUUGGAUGAGCCAUACAUCCCGAAGGUCCCACUUUCUCAUGGUUGGUGA